AUGCCCGAGGACACAGUGACUGUAACUGUACCAAACCCUAAACGGUCAAGGGCUGGUUAUCGCCAGUCAGCGGAAAAACUUCUCAAGGACGGCGACGCUAUUUUGGUCGAAUCGGAUAUUCAACAGGACACACUCGAUACGCUUAGUGGUAUCAUUGCCCUUCUAGAGGAAAAGCUGCCGAUGCUCCGUGAUUUGGAUAAUCGAAAUGAGAAAUCAGACUCUAACUCUCGUGUGGAACCGGAGCGCACACCCUCUAAGAGGAAAGUCAACUUGCCAAAGUUGGAUCUCCCCAGAUUCUCCGGAAACAUUCUCGAGUGGAAGUCGUUCUCGGAUACGUUCGCAGCAGCCAUCCAUGACGAUACUCAGCUUCCAAAUGUACAGAAAUUCCAGUACCUGAGGGGCCAGUUGGACGGUGAGGCCAAAGAAGUAAUUGCGGGUCUAGCCCUGACAAAUGAAAAUUAUGCCGUCGCUAUGACCCUCCUCAAGGAACGCUACGGACAACAGCAUAAGAUUGUUCAUGAACAUAUGCGUGCUCUGUGGUCAAUGGGACCGCCUGCGGAUGAUGUUGUGUCUUUACGCUCGUUUUACGAUCAACUAGAAAGUAACGUCAGAGGCCUAGAAGGGCUAGGCAAACCACAAGAGUCGUAUGAGGCUUUACUCGUCCCCCUCAUACUCGACAAGCUGCCGAGUCGAAUUCGAAUCACCAUUACGAGGGAUCAUGGAGACAAGGAGUGGAGAUUACCUCUACGGGAAGCCAUUCUUCAGGAAAUAAAGGCCGCCGAAGCUGGAUCAUUCUCAAAUUUGAGUGGAUUAUCCGGUGUUUACUCAUCAAGCAGUCCCGCCGCCUCUUCUGUGCCUACCGCCGCGUUCAUCGCCGUGAAAUCAAAACCCCAAAGUGAAAAUGUGUGCGAAAGUGAUUCCCCCGCUAUUAAGCGGUGUUCGUUUUGCAAGCGCAGUGCCCAUCCGUCGAGUGAGUGCACGAUAGUCAGCGAUGUUGAAAAACGUAUGGAGAUUGUGCGUAAGGAUCGACUGUGCUACAACUGUCUGGGUAAGCAUAAAGUUGUCUAUUGCAAAUCGAAAUUUCGCUGUUAUAAAUGCAAGGAGCGCCAUCAUACCGCACUAUGUAAUCCCACUAAGAAUUAUGUUAACCCCGCACCGGACUCUGAAACUACACAUGCAAAGUUGGCAUUUGGCAAACAUGCUACCCCGGAAGGCCCGGUAAUACUGAAAACUGCCAAGACAAUUAUUGCUGUCAAUGCAUCACGCAAGAUUGAUGUGAACAUCCUUAUCGACGAGGGAGCACAACGCUCAUUUUUCACGGAAAAAACCGCGAACUUUCUACAACUAGAAAAAUUAGGAACCGAACGCAUCAAUAUAGCGUCCUUUGGAGACGGCGCCAAGGGAGUUCGCGCAAUGGAAAGUGCAAACCUUACGUUAGAAACAAAGGAUGGAAAUCGCUUGGACAUGAGAGUGCUGGUAGUGCCGAAAAUAUCAACGCCGCUUAAUACACACGUUACAUCUUCGGUUUUGAACCUACCCCACCUUAAAGACCUGAAGCUCGCUCAGUCCACCGAUGAUGCCGUCAUAUCCCUUGAUGUUCUUAUUGGUGCUGACUAUUACUGGAGUGUAAUCGGUGACGACGUCGUGAGAGGCAAAGGACCGACGGCGGUCUCGUCGGUUUUUGGAUACGUUCUUUCAGGGCCAACCCACGAGGGACCAUCAGCCAAAACUCGCACUGCUGUGAUGAACAUUGUUACUGACAUCUCUCUGGAAGAAAAGGUCAUGUCCAAUUACUGGGAUCUGGAGAGCAUCGGGAUCAAAGAUGAUUGUAGCGUUCAUCCUACCCUCCGAGACGCAUUCGAAAGCUACCGAGACAACAAGAUCAGUGAUGCCAGCCCCCAUGCAUACGGCGCCUCUGUGUAUAUCACUUGCGACGGGAAAACCUCUCUUGUCAUGGCAAAAACACGCGUAAGACCGCUGAAGGAUAUCACGCUACCGCGCAUGGAGCUCAUGGGAGCCCUCAUAGCAACAAGGCUCACAAAACAUAUUCUCAACGCGCUAUCAAACUCUGUGCAGAUCAACAACUCUACUCUUUGGACAGAUAGUCAGAUUGUCCUACACUGGAUCAAAGGGAACAAGAAGCUGCCGCUCUUUGUCCAGAACCGUGUUGUGGAAAUCAGAACUUUCCAAGGCAAAGUCCAGUAUUGUCCGACUCAAGAUAACCCCGCUGAUCUAUUGACUGGAGGGAUUACCACUAAUUCCCUAAUACACUCAAAGCUGUGGUGGAAUGGGCCCGUCUGGCUUGUUCACGGCGACUGGCCAAUUAGCGAACUCUCUGACGCCUCAGUAUUGUUACAGUUGGAUAAGGAAUUACCAUAA